UGAUGUCGUUUACUUUCUAGUCUCCCCCCCGACUGUCUCCAUAAUAGCUAGAAAGCCUACUCAACUCACCUACACUUUGUAUUUGUAAGGCGUCAGGAGGCGAUGCGCAUCGCGAUUUAGGACUCGGAGUCCUUUUCACCACCCUUCUGCACAAAUACACACAUCUACAACCCUUCCAAUUGCAUCCACCAUCUCUUUUGUUUUGCCAAUCAUUCAACCAACACAGCGGCACAUCCUAAUUCGCCCUCGGCCCUGUAUUACCCGAUCACCACGUGCCGCGACCGGAGCUUCUUCCAAGUCGACUGGCAAACCCUCCCCCAACUGCCGCCAACAUGGUGAUGCGAUCGAGCUUCCCUAGGCGCCUGGCCCUCGGCCGCUCGGCAAACUACCUCAGAAACCCCUACGCGGCCUCGAGUAGCAGGUUACCUGCAGCGAGUACUCCGAGGUGCUCCGCAUCCACCUUCGACCGCCUUCUCCUCACCACCCGCCCGUCCCAGCGAGCCGUCGCCCCGUUUUCCACGUCAACACGAUGGCUAAAGGAGGAAGAUAACAGCUUCUUUGACCGUGCCGUCGAGCCCCUGUCCGAGGAGGAACAAAAGGCGAACCUGAAGCACCAGCGCGAGCUCGAGGAGAAGGAGCUUGCCGAGGCCAAGAGCUCUAACUCCGAGUCAUCCGCCAAAGGUGAGGGUUCUGGAGCCGCACAAGAUGGCAAGGCCGGCAGCGCAGCCGGUGGCUCGUCAGCGGGAUCCGGCGGCAGCGGCGGCGACGACAAGGGCGACGGCAGCGGCAGACGCGGACGCAGAGCCUCUGACAAGAGCCUGCAGAAGCCCGUUGUGCCCGACGUCUACCCCCAAGUCCUGGCUAUUCCGAUUGCGAAGCGGCCACUGUUCCCCGGCUUCUACAAGGCCAUUACCAUCAAAGACCCGAACGUCGCCGCGGCCAUCACCGAGAUGAUUAAGAGAGGCCAGCCGUACGUCGGUGCCUUUUUGUUCAAGGACGAGAACCAAGACGAGGACGUUAUCCGCAAUGUCGAUGACGUCUACGAUACCGGUGUCUUUGCGCAGAUCACGAGUGCGUUCCCCAUGCAUGGAGAGCAGGGCGCCCUGACGGCUAUUCUCUACCCUCACCGCCGUAUCCGCCUUUCGAGCUUGCUGCCGCCGGGAACGGAGGACAAGAAGCUGAGCGAAGCUAAGGUGGAGCCUGUGCCCGAGCCGAUACCCUCGAAGCCCACCGAUGAGGAGGCUCAACAAGAGAAGAAGGGCGACGUCGUUGCCAGCUUCGAGGAGAGUGCUGUGGCCCCCAAGGCCGACCAGGCGGCGGAGAAGUACGAGCCCACGGCGUUCCUCAAAAGAUACCCCGUUAGUCUCGUCAACGUGGAGAACUUGACCGAGGAGCCCUACGACCCCAAGAGCGCUGUUAUCCGUGCCGUGACCAACGAGAUCGUCAACGUCUUCAAGGAAGUUGCCACGAUGAACAGCCUUUUCCGUGAUCAGAUCUCGACAUUCUCCAUGAGCCAGUCCACAGGCAACGUAACGUCCGAGCCGGCCAAGCUGGCAGAUUUCGCCGCCGCCGUGUCUUCCGGCGAGCAGGGCGAGCUGCAAGAGGUCCUGUCUAGUCUCAACGUGGAGGAGAGAAUGCAAAAGGCGCUGAUCGUCCUGAAGAAGGAGCUCAUGAACGCUCAGCUUCAGUCAAAGAUCACCAAGGACGUUGAGAGUAAGAUUACUAAGCGGCAGCGGGAGUACUGGUUGAUGGAGCAGAUGAAGGGCAUCCGUCGCGAACUGGGACUCGAGUCUGACGGCAAGGACAAGCUGGUUGAGAAGUUCAAGGAGAAGGCCAACAACCUGGCCAUGCCCGAGGCCGUGCGCAAGGUGUUCGACGACGAGAUCAAUAAGCUUGCCCACCUCGAGCCCGCAGCGUCCGAGUUCAAUGUCACGCGAAACUACCUGGACUGGCUUACGCAGAUCCCCUGGGGCCAGCGCAGCGCAGAGAACUUUGGCAUUCAGAACGCCAUGACGGUCUUGGACGAGGAUCACUACGGGCUCAAGGAUGUCAAGGAUCGUAUCUUGGAAUUCAUCGCUGUCGGCAAGCUGCGUGGCACCGUCGAGGGCAAGAUCAUCUGCUUCGUCGGUCCUCCCGGUGUCGGAAAGACAUCCAUCGGCAAGUCCAUUGCCCGCGCACUGAACCGCCAGUACUACCGAUUCAGUGUCGGUGGUCUGACGGAUGUGGCUGAAAUCAAGGGUCACCGCAGAACCUACGUCGGUGCCCUGCCCGGUCGCAUCAUCCAGGCCCUCAAGAAGUGUCAGACCGAGAACCCCCUGAUUCUCAUUGACGAGAUCGACAAGAUUGGCCGCGGCUACCAAGGCGACCCCUCAUCGGCUCUGCUUGAGCUUCUCGACCCGGAGCAGAACAGCUCCUUCCUGGACCACUACAUGGACGUCCCCGUCGACCUGUCCAAGGUGCUCUUCGUCUGCACCGCCAACAUGACGGACACCAUCCCGCGACCCCUCCUCGAUCGCAUGGAGCUCAUCCAGCUGUCGGGCUACGUCGCCGACGAGAAGAAGGCCAUCGCCGACAAGUACCUCGCCCCGGCCGCCCGCGAAGCCGCAGGUCUGGCCAACGCCGACGUCACGCUCAGCGAGGAGGCCAUUGAGGAGCUCAUCAAGUCAUACGCCCGCGAGUCCGGCGUCCGCAACCUCAAGAAGCAGAUUGAAAAGGUCUACCGGAAAUCCGCCCUCAAGAUCGUCCAGGAUCUCGGUGAGGAGGUGCUCCCCGAGAAGGAGGCCUUGACCGAGGACGGCAAGGAGGCGCUCGAGGCGUCGGAGAAGAAGGCUGAGGAGGCGCGCGAGACGAGCGAGCAGCCGGCCGAGACGCCGACCGCGGAGAAGCCCCGCGUCGCCCUCAACGUCCCCGACACGGUCCACGUCACCAUCGGCAAGGAGAACCUCGUCGACUACGUCGGCCCUCCCGUCUUCACCUCGGACCGCCUCUACGAGGUCAACCCCGCCGGCGUGGCCAUGGGUCUCGCGUGGACCCAGAUGGGCGGCGCCGCCAUGUACAUCGAGUCCAUCCUCCAGGCGCCCCUGCGACCGAGCAGCCGCCCCGGGCUCGAGAUCACGGGUAACCUCAAGAACGUCAUGAAGGAGUCGACGACGAUUGCCUACUCGUUUGCAAAGUCCCUCAUGGUCAGGGACUUCCCCGACAACCACUUCUUCGACAAGGCCAGGCUGCACCUGCACGUCCCCGACGGCGCCGUCUCCAAGGACGGUCCCUCGGCCGGUAUCACCAUGGCCACCUCGCUCCUCUCCCUCGCCCUCGACACCCCCGUCAACCCCACCGUCGCCAUGACGGGUGAGCUGACGCUCACCGGCAAGGUCCUCCGCAUCGGCGGGCUGCGCGAGAAGACGGUCGCCGCGCGCCGCGCCGGCUGCAAGAUGAUCAUCUUCCCCAAGGACUGCAUGUCCGACUGGCUCGAGCUCCCAGAGAACAUCAAGGAGGGCAUCGAGGGCAAGCCUGUCGCGUGGUACUCUGACGUCUUUGACCUCAUCUUCCCGGAGCUCGACCGCGAGGCCGCCAACAAGUGCAAGACGUGCGAGUGGAAAAAGGACCAGGACGACAAGAAGAAGAAGGACAAGAAGAAGAAGAAGAGGGACGACUCUGACGAUGAGGACGACGACUAGAUGCAUCACCACCACCUCCAACCACUCGCCUCCUCCCUGAGAAGGUGAAGAGCCAAAACCGAACAAAAUCUACAAACAGAUUUUACGGCAUUGUUCACCAGCGAUAGAUGGUUUCCAAAUCCAUUGACACAUCCAAUUCCCCCCUUCCCGACUGGGAUGAUCCGCCCCCCGCGCCUCAACCCCCAAAUCCUUGACGCCCUGUGGGGGCCACAGACGCGUUGAAAGGAAGGAUCCUGGCAAGGUAAAUAUUGCCAAUGGGCAGACGAGGGCGGAUGACAGAUCGGGUGGACUGUCUAUUGGGAAAGGAAAAGCCAAAGCCGGACGAUUAGACGAACUCGCAUAAAAAUGUCACGGCAUACCAACAUCAUCAACAACCACACACACAAACAAACACAACCCCCUCCUCUCGAUACUGCAUCUCUACUCUAGAUGGUUCUUUUUUCUAUUUUAAUUGUUUGGCUGGUUGCCGUUUUCAGGCGGUAUUGUCUGAAGGAACAACCGGACUCGGCUUUGUAAGACUAGGGUUGCAGCGACACCCAAUUGCAUAGGAUGGUUAGAUUGCGCAGCAGUCAGUCUCGCGCAUAGGUAGUGGCGGCUGUGUGAAGGAAUAGCAGGGCGCGCGAUGUUUGCAUAGGGUACGGUAGCUAGCUUUCGGGACAGGCCCGAGUAAGCGAAUUCUUGUAUAUUACCAAUACCUGUCGUGAGCCGUCCGUCGCAAGGCACUCGGCGAACAGCCACAUAACGAAGCUUGUUUCCUC